CCGGACACAUUUGGCAGACGCUCCGGGCUGUGACGCGCUGCUUGGGUUUAAACGGUCACUUUUUUUUUUUCAGAUUUUCACCUGAAACUUGACUGAGGCCGAAGAUGGGCACUAAACACGUGACCUGUAGAUACUUUCUUCACGGCGUAUGCAGGGAGGGAAAUAAUUGUCACUUCUCUCAUGAUGUACAGAACAGCACCCCCUCUCUGGUGUGCCGCUAUUACCAGCGGGGGGUGUGUGCAUAUGGAGACCGCUGCAGGUAUGACCACGUCAAAGCCACGCCCAGAGGGGGAGGAGCCAGCGCCCCGAAUCCCACUGGGGGCGGGCCCUCAGCUCUGAGGAACCCCCCAGCCCUCAGCUCAAUGGCGCCCCCUGCAGUGUUCUAUCCCCCACAGUCGUAUGUGGAGGCCACCAGGAGUGGACUGCAUGGCUCAGUGGCUCCAGACUCCACCCAGUUGUGCCCCUAUUUGUUGAUGGGGGAGUGUCCUUAUGGCGACCAGUGUGUUUAUCUCCACGGGGACCGCUGUGAGGUGUGUGGCCUCCAUCUGCUUCACCCGACGGAUGCCGCUCAGCGACGAGAGCACGAGAAGUUGUGUCUUUCAGAGUUUGAGGCCGACAUGGAGAACGCCUUCGCUGCUCAGAUGAGUCAAGACAAGGUGUGCUCCAUCUGUAUGGAGGUGGUGGUGCAGAAGCUCGGCCAAUCAGAGCGCAGAUUCGGGAUUCUGUCAUCAUGUGACCACUGCUUCUGUCUCGCCUGCAUCAGGAAAUGGAGACAUGCCCCCUUCUCCAACGACGUCAUCAAGGCGUGUCCGGAGUGCAGGGUACCGUCGGAGCUUGUGGUGCCAUCCGUUCACUGGGUGCAGGACCCGGCACAGAAGGACCAGCUGGUGGCGCUGUUCAAGAACGCAGUGGGUAAGAAGCCGUGUAAGUUCUUCCUGGAGGGACGAGGGACAUGUCCUUUUGGAGACCGCUGUUUGUAUCUGCACCAGGAUCCUUUUGGACGAAAACCAGGACCAGAGAGAGUCCGGAAACAGCUGGGACCCGAGGGGACCGUCAGGUUCAUGAAUAAUGUGCGUCUUUGGGAUUUCAUCGAGGAGAGAGAGACUCGCACGGCACCACCCACCGAUGACAUCACCCCUCAGCCUAAUGACAUCACCCCCACACACAAUGACAUCAUAGACCCACACGAUGACAUCAUCCCUCCACACCAUGACAUCACUGCCCCACGUCAUGACAUAACGGCGACAGAGGAGGAGCUGAGCCGGAGUCUGCAGCAGCUGUCCACCGCAGACACAUAAUAAAACCUGUGGAAUGUUAUAUAGGGGUCAGGGGUCAUAUUUUCAAACUGUGUUUUGAAGGGACAUCCCUGUUUUAAGAUUAUCUGCUAUGUUCAUGUCGUUCAUAGGACUCGAGAUUCCGAGAUGAGAUGUUGGGUUCCGACUUGUUUGCGUUAUGUGCUUUUAUCUCGGAAAGUCUGGAUUUUAAUGUGAUGAAUAAUAAAAUAAUUGAGUUUGCUCAUUAACAGCGUUAACAGAGCUACCAGUAAGAUUUGUAGUUGUUAUCCUCUCAAAACCUAAACGUUAACAUGUUCAUUUUACUUGAGCCAACUUUACUACUUGAGCUAACAUUACAUCUGUAUUAAACGGUUGUAGUGUCGGGUCAUUUGGGCAAUUGGAAGUUAACCCCUAAAUGCAAUAACGUUUAGUGAAAGAGCUCAAAUAUUUAAGAUAAACUGAAAAAUCUGAUUUUGGUGAAGUCAGGUAGAAGGUUUUGAGCUCCAGAGGACCAGAUGAACGAAGCAUUAUUUACAGACUGUGUUUAUAGAAGGGUCAGGGGUCAUAUUUACAGCCUGAUAAUCAUGUGACCAGGAAACAUACAUUUGUCUGUCUUUAUGAAACUAAUAAAAUGUACAAACCGUUUGACUAACAGUGUUUAGUGUGACUGAUGGAAC